AUGGUGAGGGAAGAGAUCUCUAGGGUCCUCCAACUCCAAAUGGCAGAGAUGGUGUGUUCCGUGGUCAUCGGAGAGGCUGUAAAUAGAACCACUUCCCUCCUGCUCGGCAAGGAGGAGAGAGAGGCCACACCCAUCAGCGAAGGAGUGGAGCGAGUGGUCAAGGUGAUCAAUGGGCAGGCCGCACAACAUAGCGACGAGCACACAUGCAUCAGUUGGCAAAAGAUGGACCAAAUGCUGCUGCCGAAGGCAAUAGAGUACCUAUGCGGCAACGAUCAGGCGACGACCUACCAGCUGUUUUGGGAGUCUAAUCACGGAACGCUGCAACUCUCCAUCGAGAAGAUCGGCACACAGGUGCCAAGCAAGGCACACGGCAGAACGGUGAACCAGGCAGGGGCUCCGCGGCUAGUAGGGCGAUGGAAGGAGAGGAAGCAUAUCGCCGUGGACCUCCUCAAAUCAUGA